GGUACCGCACAGGGCACCACAGCUCACCCCAGCUCUCCACCUCUCACCGUCCACAACCGAGCAGACCAGCCAUGAGGGCCGUAACGCAGUUGCUGAGCGCCGCGCUGCUGGUGGCGACGUGCCGCGCCGGCUACCUGGGAGGCUACGGCGGCUACGCCGCCGCCCCCGCCGCCUACGCCGCCGCUCCCGCCGCCUACGCCGCCCCCGCCUACGCCGCCGCUCCCGCCAUCGUCAAGACCGCCUAUGCCGCCCCCGCCAUCGUCAAGGCCGCCGCCCCAGCCGUCGACUACUACUCGUACCCCAAGUACGCUUACGAGUACGGCGUGAACGACCCGCACACCGGCGACGUGAAGCGGCAGUGGGAGGAGCGGGACGGCGACGUGGUGCGCGGCGAGUACUCGCUGCUCGAGCCGGACGGCACCACCCGCACCGUCACCUACACGGCCGACGCGCACAACGGCUUCAACGCCGUGGUCCACCGCUCCGGCCCCAGCACGCACCCCGCCACCGCCGUCGCCGUGCCCGCCGUCGCCAAGUACGUGGCCGCGGCGCCCGCCAUCGUCAAGUCCGUCGGCUACGGCGGCUACGGCUACCACUGACGAUGGCGAACCACCCUCCGCCGCGCGCCGAGGCCGGGCGUCGGGCUGACGGGGCCCUCCCCUCUCCCCCCAACUCCCCUCCCCAUUCCUACCCCCCUCCCCCGCAUCGCUGCUGGCCGCCGUUCACAACCCCCCAGUCGGUGGACGGCUGCUGCGGUACCAUCACCAUCGGGACAUCGCCACACGUAAAACUGCUACAUCCUAGUCUACACACACUUCUGCAGCAGUGCAUCACCAACACCACCCGCACUAACCACUCUUCGCAGAACAGUGCUGAACGCGUCCAUUUCCACCCGUCGCUGCCACUAUUUCUUCAAUCGCCGUAGCUGUACCAGUUUACAUCGACACAUCUACCAUUCCUCAGCCUUCGAACAUCGCGAGUCGCUAGCCUCUGAGGUCAAAAUCGUCUGGGUUGCUAGGCCGCAUCAUAUUUCUUCAAACAAUACACGUCUCGACCCCUCUGCUGGCACUGUCUUCCGGAUCCUGUGGUGCCCAUCGUAGACCAGUGUCACCUUCUCAUUUAAAGGGGAGUUUUCCCACGCUUAUGCUGUAGAAGUGGGAUUACUGGGUAAAAAUCUUGGACUACCACUGAUGGGCCAACGUCGGGUGGACAGUACGGCCAAGAAAGCCUGCAGAUUUACAUAAAACCUCAGGACCUUCUUGUGUCCAUUGGUAGGCCAUCGUCAUUGGAUAGUACGGCCACGAAAACCUGCAGACCUACAUGAAACCUCUGAGAAGUCUGGCUGAGAGGUACUGGCAGACUUUAAGCUGUGAGGUCAGGUCUUGAGUCGCAUCUGGAUACCUCAACUGGUAACGGCAUUGCCCGCGGAAGACAAGGUUUCGGGGUUCGACUCAUGCUCCAUCGCACAGUUACAAUCUGCCAGAAAAUUCUCGACAGGGGGAACGUCUAGAGACUUCAGCGAGCGUCCGUCUGUCUGACUUACCGUACUCGCAUUAUCUGUCACCCAUCUUACACCGACACAUCAUUUUAUCUGCCAUAAACAUCGACAUCACGAAAGGCAAGGGGAAACUCUGCAUGCACACAUCGACGCCACCACCAUCCGCGCCGCGUCUCACACCCAUCCAUCCAUCCAUCCAUUCAUCCAGCCAUCAGGAAGUGACAACACCGCCACAUCUGGGGAUGGUGGUCCCCAUCACUCGCCCGUCGACCCGCAGGUCUCGGCCCUGCCACAUCGUCUCCGUGAUUUCACAUCGCCAUGUCCGCAGGUCCCUUCUCUGCUACCACCCUUACACUUAACGCAGUGUAUUGUAAGUAGUUAAUCGUCUGUGCAUCUCUCUCUCUCUUUUGUAAAUAUUACUCACCCAAGCAUUAUUAUUUUUUUAUACUUAUGUGUGAUGCCUUUUGUAGGAACAAAUGUUUUUAUCGGCUUGUUCUGCCUGCCAAUAAACACAUUUUUAUACGUGAAAA